CAAUGAAGAAGUUAUUUUAGACUAUCGAUCGAAUCAAUGUGUCCCCAUCAAAUAGGAAUUGUCGCCACGUCAGGGGGAUACGUUCGGAAUUUCGAAAAAUCCCAAUACCCCUUGAGGACCUUUCUGAAAUUCGCGAUUCCCUCUCUUUCUCUCUCUCGGAUUAACGGAACCAAUUAACUAUGGCGUGCGUUUUCUUUCAAAUUCUUCAAUCUCGCUAGGGUUUUACCCUCGAUCAAAUUUGCUAGGGAUCCUAAUUUCUCCCGAAAUCGAAAGAAAGAGAGAAGCAAAACGAAAAAAAUGGCCGUGUCUCUGACACAGGGGGCGAUAACGGAGAUUUGCAGAGGCAAUUGCUCCGAAAACUUGCAACCGGUGCUGCAGGUGAUCGAGUUGAAGCAGGUGCAGUCGCAGCAAAACAGCACCGUCGAGAGGUACUGCGUGGUUCUUUCCGACGGGUCCUUUUACCAGCAAGGGAUGCUCGCCACGCAGAAGAAUGACUUGGUUCAUUCGGGAAAGUUGCAGAAAGGUUCCGUUCUUAGACUCACUCAGUUCCUCUGCAAUGUUGUCCAGAACCACAAGAUUAUUAUCAUCAUUGACCUAGAUGUUAUACUGGACUAUUGUGAGCUGAUUGGACAACCUGUCUCAACACCAAAACACACACCUAAAGAACCAGGAGUCAACUUUGGGAAUUCACAAUCUUUAAAUAGCAGUUCACAUGCAGGUGGCAUGAAUGCUAGACCAAAUGUAUCUGGGUCAUCUAUCUAUUAUCCAAAAGCGAAUCCUCCUGCUCGUAAUGACCCUCCUGCUUAUCCUAAAGCAAAGACUCUGACGCAGGGGGCGAUAAUGGAGAUAUGCAGUGGCAAUGACCCCAAGAAUUUGCAGCCGGUGCUGCAGGUUAUCGAGUUUAAGCUGGUCCAGUCGCAGCAAAACAGCACCAUUGAAAGGUACCGUGUGGUUCUCUCUGACGGUUCCUUUUACCAGCAAGGGAUGCUCGCCACACAGAAGAAUGAGUUGAUCUAUUCUGGAAGGUUGCAGCAAGGCGCCAUUAUUAGACUCACACAGUUCAUCUGCAAUGUUGUUCAAAACCGCAAGAUUAUUAUCAUAGUUGACCUAGAUGUUAUAUGUGAAAAAUGUGAGCUGAUUGGAGAACCUGUCGCAGCUCCAAAAGGUGCACCUGCAGAAUCUGCCACUGGUCAAUCUGGAUUCACCUUUGGAAAUUUGCAAUAUUUGGAUAGGAGUUCACAUUCAGGUGGUAUGACUACUAUACAAAAUUUGGCUGGUCAAUCUCUGGACUUGAAGCCAGUGCUGCAAGUUCUGGAGUUGGAGUUGGUGAACUCCCAACAACAUAGCGCCUCCGUGAAUUUCCAUUUGGUUCUCUCCGAUGGUUACCAUUUCCAGCAAGCGAUGCUCACGACGCAGAAGAAUCAAUUGGUUCGUUCUGGAAAGUUGCAAAAAGGUUCCAUUGUUAGACUCACUCAGUUCGUCUGCAACAUUGUCCAGAGUUGCAAGAUUAUUAUGGUUCUUGAUCUAGAUGUUGUGCUGGAGAAAUGUGAGCUGUUAGGACAACCUGUUGCAGCACCUGCAGAAUUUGCCACUGGUCAACCUUCUGGAUUCACCUUUGGGAAUUCACAAUCUUUGAAUAGCUGUUCACACGCAGGUGGUGUCAGUGGGCUGGCAAAUGAUUUUAGUGCCAUGAACCUUGCCACCGGGCAAGUUACGCCUCCAGCUUAUAAUCCAAUAAAUAGCAGUAGUGAUUUUGAUUUUGGGAUGCCAACAAACCAAGUGGGUCAACGGUAUGAAAGCCAAUAUAACAAUUUUGUUUCAGCAGGUGCUCCUGGUUCAUAUAUGUCAUGCACCAAUUGUGGAGGCUCUGGCCAUAGCUCUCUUCUUUGCCCAAAUAUUAGAAAUCUACCUUUGGGAUCAGGUGGUGGUGCUUCUGUCGAAUGCUGUAAAUGCCAUCAAUCUGAUCACUGGGGGGAGAGAUUGCCCUGAUUUCAGUGCAGCACCUUCAUCAUAUAUAUGGAGGAACUAAUGUAAUGCAAGGGAGGUAUGGGGUUUGCUCAAAAUCAACAAUUUGGAGGAUAGUGAAAUUUAGCAAGCCCAUGUUUUGAGCUUAUAGGAGUUCAUUUUCAUUUUGUCUUAACUCUAUAUAUAGGACAUAAUUACGUGGUAUUGGUGCCGACAAACAUGCAAAUCAUAUACUAUCUUUCGUUGUCGA